AAGUGAGGUGAGAGUGAUGUCCCUUUCAUUGUGAUCUUCAAAGGAGAAUGUCCAACUAGUAGCUCGGCCUUCAGGUGAGGAGCUGCUCAAGAUGUUCAGUGAUAUGUAUAUAUAAUUAUGAGAGAUGAAAAUUUCAAGUGACUCCUGAAACCAUGGCGACAAAAAGUGAGAAUGGACUUGAAAGAGGUUUUAACCGAAGGCGGGCAGAUUCCUGUGAGACACCCGUCAAUGACAAAUUGUAUGAUAACCACAAAGAUAAAGACAAUGCUGCAGAGACAGCUCCACUGUUAGGAAACUCAGACCUUCCCCAUGAAGAUGCAACAGCCAGACAGACAGGAACUCGAUACUUCGUCUUUCGUUGUUUUGUUCUGUUUUCAGGAGUGGGCUUGUUAGUUGUGGCUUUUACCAUUCUGCAAUUAGGGGUUCUAAAUCAGUAUGUGUAUUUUGCAUAUCACAAGAAAUACUUCCCAAACAUUUCAUACAAUUCCAGAGAAAUGCAAAAGUCAUACUGCAAUAACAGUGUCAACGCGUCAUCGGGGACAGAGGAAGAAUUACGAAACAAGAUCCAAAUUUUAGCUUCCCAGUUCAUGAUCUACACAUCACUAGCCUUAUUCAUACCUCCCAUAUUUGGAGUUUUCUUUUUAUCUACACUAAGUGACACAUAUGGAAGGAAACCUUUCAUUGUUAUUCCAGUUUUUGGAGCUGUAGUCAGAAGUGCAUUAUUUGUAGUGGGGAUACACUACGAGUUAGAGCUGUACUGGUUCAUUGUUUUCCUCCUGGUGGAGGGUGUGACUGGGGGAUUAUACUGUCAGGUCACGGUGUCUCUCUCCUAUGUAGCCGACAUCACCAAGAGCGGAGACAAGCGGAUUCUCCUCCUCGUGGUCUUGGAGAUCAUCGCAGGAUUUGGGGCACUACUUGGAACACUUUCUUCUGGCUACCUCAUCCGAGCCUUUGGCUUUGAAGUACCAGCCAUCAUCUCAACAUUGUGCGUCCUGUUGGCUCUUCUUUUAUUUGGAUUUUUCUUGCCAGAAUCUCUACCUCCUGAGUUCAAAUCCAGAUCUAAAAAUAUAAACAUCUGUGAUAAAUUAAAAGGAGUGUGGGAAUUUUACACUAGUGAUAAGUAUGGGAAAGGAACUCAAUGGAGAUAUGUGUUUUCUCUUUUGAUUCUCAUAUGUGUCCAACUUGGAGUACUAGGACGUUCAAACGUAGAAACUUUAUAUCAGCUUAAUAAACCAUUUUGUUGGAGUUCGGUACUCCUCGGGUGGUUUAUGGGUAUCCGGAUCACGUCUUCGUACAUUCUUGGUGCUUUACUAAUCCGUAUUCUUCAGUGUUGUGUAUCAGUAGAAUUUAUAGCACUGGUAGGAGCUUCUUCACAUAUGGUUGCAUUCAUUCUGGAGGCCAUUGCUGAUGAAAGUUUUGAAUUGUUUCUUGUUCCUGUUGUUGGUUUUGGCUCUGCAAUGAUAGCACCUCUCAUGAAGGGAUUCAUGUCAAAAAUGACACCAGCAGACAAACAAGGGACACUGUUUGCUGGAGUUGGUAUGUCUGAUACCUUCUGCUCAAUAGUAGGGACCACCCUCAGUAACGCUGUAUAUAGCGCCACAGUCACAGACAUGAGGGGGAUUGUGUUUCUUAUGUUUGCUGGGAUAAGUGCUGUGGCAGUGAUAUUAAUAAUAGUCCUUUGGAUAGCUGGGAGAGUGGGAGGGGGGACAACCACUGGAUAUGAAGAGGAAACAGAAAUCAUCUUUAAACCCGAAGAAGACUAAAUAUUUUGUUUGUAUAUACUUCCUAUUUUUAGUAAAAAAUUAAUUUCUUUUUCAUUAUGCUAACAUUUAUCCAAGAGAAUUUAAAUUAUAUCACUCUUUUAUUGUUUAUAUAUUGAGAUAUAUUUGGAUAUAUUAUAUUUUUUCAGUCAGUCAUUUCAUGUACAAUGUAUAUCUGUCCAGCUUUAUAUCUGUUCCUUACAAGUUCACUCUCUGUCAAAAUUUGAUAUAAAUUCAGGAAAUUGUGCUGAUGUAUCUUAGAAUGAAAUAAUUUUUAUUUUUUACUAGUCGUCAUACAGAUAUAAAUGCUGUAGUCCUCCUUUAUUUUAAUGAACCAGACAUAUUUCUCAGUAAAUCAGACCAGUUUCCCCUGCAUUUUCUUUUUAAGGAAAGAUGUGGGAGAGAAACAUGAGAAUAUUUUAUACACCUCAGUGCAUGUCCAGUUUGAAAGGGUUGGCCAAAUAAUGAAAGAAUUUUAGCAUGUCAACAUAAAUGAUUGGCAUUUAAUGGGAAAUAACUCUUGCUUUAUUUUUUUUAAUGAAAAUAAAAUAACUAAGAAAGAUUUAAACAUUUUUUUUAAAUUUGUCUUUGUAAAUAUUCAUAUUCAUGGUUUUCAUCAGCAAUAAUGUGAUAAUAUUCAGUGAAUGUAUUGAUAUUGAAGUAUAUUCAUGACAUCAUCACGGUGUAUAAGAGUUAGGUUAAUUAUGACAUUACGUACCCCUUUGGGGCCAGGGUGGUUUCACAGUAUGGAGUCUGAAUUCUUGAUGUAAAUAAAGAGGGGCAUUUUUUAAAUAUUCUGGAGAACAAUAGGGCAAAGAAGUCUCAUGAGACCAUAAGCCACAUGGCCAGCGGGUCUCUUGUUUAUUCUUUUUAAUAUGUACAUGUAUAGUUUUUUAGCUCACCUGAGCCGAAGGCUCAAGUGAGCUUUUCUGAUCACAUUUUGUCCGUCGUCUGUCCCUCCGUCCGUCUGUCUGUAAACUUUUCACAUUUUUGACUUCUUCUCAAGAACCACUGGGCCAAUUUUGACCAAACUUGGUACAAAGCAUCCUUGGAUGAAGGGGAAUUUAAAUUAUUAAAAUGAAGGGACAUAUCCCCUCGCAAGGGGAGAUAAUCAAGAAAAGACAAAAAUAGGGUUGGGUCAUUAAAAAAUCUUCUUCUCAAGAACCACUGGGCCAGUAAAGCUGAAACUUAUGUGGAAGCAUCCUGGGGUAGUGUAGAUUCUAAAUUAUACAAAUCAUGACCCCCGGUGGAAGGGCGGGGCCACAAUGGGGAAUCAAAGUUUUACAUAAAAAUAUAAAGGAAAAAUCUUUGAAAAUCUUCUUCUCAAGAACCACUGGGCCAGAAAAGCUGAAACUUAUGUGGAAGCAUCUUAGCGUAGUGUAGAUUCUAAAUUGUUCAAAUCAUGACCCCCGGGGGUUGGGCGGGGCCACAAUUGGAAAUCAAAGUUUUACAUAGAAAUAUAAAGGAAAAAUCUUUGAAAAUCUUCUUCUCAAGAACCACUGGGCCAGAAAAGCUGAAACUUAUG